UUUUUGUUGCUGUUGGAGAUGACUGUAUGCUAGAAAGAGCAACCAUUGCGGCCUGCGGGUGAAGGUUGAACACUGAUGGCCGGUGCUAAUCUCACUGACGCUACCACCAAGCCCACACUGCUCUCCGCCGACGAGGCUCUGCAAAUAGUCCUCAAAGUUGUCCAGCGCCUGCCACCUGUCACCGUGCCCCUCCGCGAUGCGCUCGGGAAGGUCUUGGCCGAGGACAUUCACGCCGGCGACCCCUUGCCUGCUUUCCCUGCUUCCGUCAAGGAUGGAUAUGCGGUGGUGGCUUCUGACGGACCUGGAGAGUAUCCUGUAGUUGCUGAGGCAAGAGCCGGUAGCGACGGAGUUGGCAUGUCUGUUACUCCUGGGACUGUGGCAUAUGUCACUACUGGAGGACCAAUACCUGAAGGUGCUGAUGCAGUUGUACAAGUUGAGGACACUGAACAAGUGCCAGUGCAUUCACAUGAAUUAAAACGAGUGAGAAUACUGGUACAGACAAGCAAAGGAGUAGAUAUUCGUCCAGUGGGAAGUGACAUUGAGAAAGGUGAUGCAGUUUUGACAUCUGGACAGAGAAUUGGUGCUUCAGAAAUUGGUUUACUUGCUACCGUUGGAAGGACAAUGGUGAAGGUAUGUCCCACACCGAAAAUCGGUGUGCUCUCUACAGGAGAUGAACUUGUAGAGCCAAUGACAGGUUGUCUGAGUCGCGGCCAGAUCAGGGACUCCAACCGUGCUAUGAUUAUGGCUGCUUCACUACAGCAUCACUGUGAAGUUAGUGAUUUCGGCAUAAUUAGAGAUGAUGAAGAAGGACUUGGAAAGAUCAUGGAUACCGUCAUUUCUGCUGGAAUUGACAUUCUUCUUACCUCUGGAGGUGUUUCUAUGGGAGAUAAGGACUUUGUGAAACCACUGUUCCAAAAGAGGGGGACAGUGCAUUUUAGUAAGGUAUGGAUGAAACCAGGGAAACCUUUGACUUUCGCGGAGAUCAAUUCUAAACCAGCAGACAAUAUGAAAAUGAGAAAACUUUUUGCUUUUGGGCUUCCUGGAAAUCCAGUUAGCUGUCUUGUCUGCUUCCAUCUAUUUGUAGUACCAACCAUCCGCUUUCUUGCUGGAUGGGCUGACCCUUAUCCUUUCAGAGUGCAGGCUUGCCUACUCCAGCCUAUAAAGACAGAUCCAGUCCGUCCAGAAUUCCAUUCUGCUAUUGUCAGAUGGGAUUUAAGUAAGGGAUUAGGUAAUCCUGGCUUUGUUGCUGAGAGUACUGGCUUCCAGAGAAGCAGUCGGAUUUUAAGUAUGAAAUCUGCUAAUGCGUUGUUGGAGUUGCCAGCCACAGGGAGUAUAAUCACCGCAGGGACUUCUGUGUCAGCCAUCAUUAUUUCUGAUAUAAGUAAUGCUCCUAUUGGUAAAACUUCCUCAUCCCUGGGUCCAGCUUCUCAUAUAGAAAGAUUUAUGUCAAAAGAAACAUCCACAGCUGAGACGCACAAUGCUGAAGUUAGAGUAGCUAUUCUUACUGUGAGUGACACCGUUGCAUCGGGGGCUGGCCCAGAUAGGAGUGGUCCGAGGGCCGUGUCUGUUGUGAGUUCUUUUUCAGAACGGUUGGGAGGAGCCAAGGUUGUUUCAACAGCUGUGGUACCCGAUGAUGUAAGAAAAAUUAAGGAUGUUCUGCAGAGAUGGAGUGACAUUGAGAAUAUGGAUCUCAUCCUCACCCUUGGUGGUACUGGAUUUACCCCACGAGAUGUAACCCCAGAAGCAACUAAAGAGUUGAUUGAGAAAGAAACACCUGGUCUACUUCUUGUCAUGAUGCAGGAGAGUUUAAAGGUGACACCAUUUGCUGUACUCUCUCGUGCUGCAGCAGGAAUAAGAGGGUCAACAUUGAUCAUUAACAUGCCGGGGAAUCCAAAUGCCGUUGCUGAGUGCAUGGAGGCAUUGUUGCCUUCCCUCAAGCAUGGAUUAAAGCAGAUAAAGGGCGAUAAGAGAGAAAAACAUCCUCGACAUGUGCCUCAUGCGCAAGCAGCGCCCGUAGAUACAUGGGAACAAAGUUAUAAGGUGGCCGCUGGUAGUGGUGAAGACUCGUCUGGUUGUUCUUGUUGCCAUUGAAUUGGAGGACUAAAAGUCAUACAUGCAAUUCAUGAAGUCAUACAUGUAACAGUGUAUUGAUAUUGUACAUCUUAAUUUAUAUAAUAACUAAGCACUCACAGUUUCUACAUCCCCAAAUGAAGAUCACAAUCUCUAACUCACA